GACAAUUUCAAACACAUGGUCUUUGAUGCGCUGUCCCUUGGAAGUGUCACAGAUCGCAAGUCACUGGCAUCCACGAGUAUACUCACGUUUGAAGAUGACUACUGUCCUCGGAGUCGGAGCCUAAGAAGCGAAGGCGCCAACAGGCAUCAAACAUCACAAGAUUGACCGUCGGCCGCGCUCGUGCACAAAUCCCCAUUGCACUCGCACCGCCCACUCCACUUUCAUCUCGUUACUGAGAACCAAAGGCCGUCCUCGACCCGCUGUAUUCCACCGCCAGCCGAAGAGGACACGAGCGUCGAGAACCACCACCACAUCAUCUGACAUCCGGCAUAGCGGUAGCUCCAUCCGCACGUCAUGGUCUCAUUGAUACUUCGUGUCCGCCGGCAAGAGAAGCAGGCCCAUCCCGGACACCUUCUGAUACACAUCGACCACAUUGGUCCGAAGCCAUUGGAUCUCAAACUGAUUGGCACAGACCACUCACACCUCUACCACGCUUCGCUGGAGCAAUCCUCCCUCAAAUCUCUUCAGGCCUCGAAUUUCACCGGUGACUUGCAACAAUGGAAGACAACAAUCGCGUACGCUUUCUUGCACCAAACUCCCACUGGACCCUUUCCGGAAUUCCUCAGGGGAGUGGAGCUAGUCGCGAAGAUCACUAGGGUGUCUGAUGAAAAAGGCACGGUCACGAUCACGGUUCGCAGAAAUAUCGGUGGUAUCACCCAGACCCUUGGCAGUCUCGACCUCGAGCAGGACGAUACGCGCGAAGAGGUCGGAUUUGUUGAAUGGGUUGAUGUUGCCGCGGCGACCGCGGACGAUCUUCGUCUUCAGUUAGACCAGUCUCUGGCAUCGUCGUCCGCGCAACAGGACCGGAUCACCCAGCUUACGGCCGAAUUGGACCAGCUCGUCAAGGCAAAGCGUGAGCACGAGGACGAAUUGCUGAGCAAGUUCGCGGCCCUACUCAACACGAAAAAGCUCAAGAUAAGGGAUCAGCAGCGGCUACUUUCCCGCGCCAACGUGAAUGCGGAG